CUACCACGUCGGCACGUCGCUGCUCUGCUCCUCUCCUCCCGGCUCCCUAGUCGCCGUUGCAUCGGACAAGGAAGGCGGAAGGGGCAUCCGGCGGUGAAGCAACUAAUCGGAGCGGGCCGUCGUUCCCCCGCCCGCGGCCGCGCUACUGCUGUUCGUCAAGUUGUAGGCGGGCAGCCGGGGGGCCGGCCACUGGCUGCUGGUCAGCACGCGCACACAGCAGCAGGGUGGUCGCCGCGGCCUCCGGCCGGCAGCUGGCACGCGGCCAGGACAAGUCGGCAGCAAGCCAGACCCAACUUCAGUCUCCAGCGAGGCAGCAACAGCAGGCUAGAUUUGUCAGGGUUUGACAUCUUCUCUGGAGGGUUCAGAACCAACAUGCAAGAAUUAGCUGUCUUGUGAGGAGUACAAUAGGAAUGGAUGAUGCUCAAGGGUACCAAGAAGGAUAUGACCAUGACUCGGUGCUGCAGAAACAAGAAUGGAUCAAAACACAAGACAUGCUCAAGAGUAAACUUAUUCUUGAAGAUGAAUUUGCCUGGAGUUUACCUUCGGUGGGCUCAGGUUCAGAUGAACAUGAAAGGUGCAAACUGAAGUAUAUUGGUGGGACUGACAUUAGCUUCUUAAAGGAAGACCCAGCCACAGCAUGUGCUGCAGUGGUAGUCCUCAAUGCCGAUACUUUAGAAGUUGUCCAUGAAGAGUUCAAUGUCGUUCGACUGCAAGUGCCAUAUAUUCCUGGUUUUCUUGCAUUCAGAGAGGCUCCAGUUCUUCUUGGACUCUUGGAAAAGGUGAAGAUCAAUGCACCUCAUUUCUACCCUCAGCUGCUCAUGGUUGAUGGAAAUGGAUUACUCCAUCCACGAGGUUUUGGUUUAGCUUGUCAUCUCGGCGUCCUUGCAGACGUCCCUACUAUUGGAGUUGGAAAAAAUCUACAUCAUGUAGAUGGCCUUAACCAAUCAGAAGUCAGAAGACUGCUUGAAUCAAAAGAGAACUGCAACAAGGAGCUGAUUUUGUUGACUGGACAGUCUGGGACAAAAUGGGGCACGGCGAUGCGCUCCUGCCCUGGUUCAUUGAAGCCAAUUUACAUAUCAGUUGGGCAUCGCAUUUCACUUGAUUCAGCCAUGGUGAUAGUGAAGUCCUGUUGUAAAUACCGUGUUCCUGAGCCUACAAGGCAGGCGGAUAUAAGAUCAAAGGCCUUCCUGCAGAAGCUCCAAAAACCACGGCAAUGACGACAAGACUAGCUUUUCUUCAACGUAAGCUGUAACAAGACUGGACAUAUUGGGAUCUUGAUCUUCCUCGCUGUAGUUGAAUUUCCAGAAACAAAUGUGUAACAUGUAUUUGGCACUUCCACAUGAAGCAGCUUCUGCACAUCUCUAAAACCGAUUGUCGUUGCCAAUCUGUUGCCUGUUGUGAGGUUACCGUCGUUUGUAAAAUAUGUUGUGAUGCUUCCUUUGAUCAGUCUGGAGUUGUGCGUCUGUUGCUGCCAAUUAUCAACGAGCAAAUAGUAGAAUCAAAGCAGUUUGAUGGA